AUGGGGGGGAGCGACUCGGAAGGAAAACGCCUGAGUGACGCCGGCGCAGGCACGGCUCCGGGUCGCGUUUCCUGCGCCUCCCGCCGCGAUUCGCGCCGGCACCGGGAGUUGGGUCGGGUUGUGACGUACCCAAUAUGGCUAAUCUACACCGCUAUCCUGAGGCUCUUCAGAAAUCCCCAUCCUGCGAUUACCUUGAAGGAUCCUGAAGUGAAGUAUGCGUUGAGGCUGAUUGAUAAGGAGGAAGUUAGUCAUGACACAAGAAGAUUCCGAUUUGCUCUCCCUUCCAUAGAUCAUGUUCUGGGUCUCCCUAUAGGACAGCAUAUCUAUCUGUCUGCACGGAUUGAUGGAGCUCUGGUUGUUAGACCUUACACUCCAGUUUCCAGUGAUGAUGACAAGGGCUUUGUGGAUCUUGUUGUCAAGAUCUACUUUAAAGGUGUCCACCCAAAGUUUCCUGAUGGAGGGAAAAUGUCUCAGUACUUAGACAGCCUGAAAAUAGGGGAUACUAUUGACUUCAGAGGACCAAGCGGCCUACUUGUCUACGAAGGAAAAGGCAAGUUUGCUAUUCGGCCUGAGAAGAAAGCUGAACCACUUACCAAGAAAGUGAAGUAUGUGGGGAUAAUUGCAGGUGGGACUGGGAUAACACCUAUGCUGCAGAUCAUUCGAGCAAUCAUAAAAGACAAAGAUGACCCUACCGUUUGUCAGCUGCUCUUUGCUAAUCAGACCGAGAAGGAUAUCCUGUUGCGGUCCGAGCUGGAGGAGAUCCAGGUCCAGCAUCCUGGCCGCUUUAAGUGUUGGUACACGCUGGACAGGGCACCUGAAAAUUGGGAUUACAGCCAAGGAUUUGUGAACCAAGAGAUGAUCAGAGACCACCUGCCUCCACCUCAAGAUGAUGUUCUGAUCCUCAUGUGUGGACCUCCUCCAAUGAUCCAGUACGCUUGCAUUCCCAACCUGGACAAACUGGGCUACACCAAGGAGAUGAGGUUCUCUUUCUGAAGACAACUGAUAAUUCAGUGAUCUGGUGUAGAAGGGAAGAAAAAACAUUUAAUGGGAAACAGGACAAAGUUAGAGAUGGCUGAUGCACAGUGAUGGGAGGCUACAUGUACAUUAAAAAUGCUUCAUUUUUUUUUUUUUCCCCUCAAUCUCUGGCAAGUAAGACACUUAAACUUAACUGUCCUAAAACUGUACUGUAUGUUGUAGAGGAACAACCAUGUGGAAAGGUGCCUAGUGCUCAGCUGUAAUGUUUGCUUCAGCUCCAGGGAGGACACACAGCUGCUUAGGGCAGUGAACACCCAUUUAUGCUGCUGCUUAGUGCUGUGAUCAAAUGGUGGCAAUAUCCUACUUCCCAACACUGUGCAUACCCAGUAUUUUAUUUGGUAUGAAGUAUGAAAAGACACAGAAUGUAUUGGAUUAUUCACCUUGUUUAUGCCAAGUGCUAAUCCUUGCCGAGCUUUUACAGCACAAGGGCCAGGAGUGUUUGCUUUGUACGUGUAACCUUUGCAACAUCAGAAGCUUAAAGGUGCUUGUUCUGUUGAAGGAUGACAAUUAACCAUUCAUUAACAACUGAAGUUGUUCAAGCUGCCUUGUUAAUCAAAACAGAGUGGUAAACAAAAUUUGUUUCCUUUUAUACUUUGGAAUGGCCUCUCCCAAAGGCAGACACUUUUCUAGGUGGUUGCUGUGCUCAUCCCUGGGCAAUGAAAGAAAGUACAGAAGGCAGGUGGCUUUGUGCACUGUUCCACAAAUAGCUGGGAUUUUUUGCUUGUAUAUGUGUGGAAUACUGAAAAAAAAAAAAAGUGACUAACCUUAGUGUUUACUUUCCAAUAGCCGAUGGUGCCAUAGGAAUACAAAAGCAGUUGUUCGGCAUGUCCUGUGCAGUGGAAAAAAAUGCUGGGUGAAAACUGGAUCUAGUUUUAGUUUCUUCUUUCCCAGAGACAGAUUUGGAACAAAGGGAGCUCAGGUUUUGUUGCCAGGGUGGGUUUCGGCCAGCAACAAAUUUGGGUGUGGGUGUGGGG